CGACAUUGGUUGUCAAGUUUCACGUUGACGUAUUAACCUCACUUUUAUUAUAACCUUUCUCAAAAAUAAAAAACGUUAAAAGAGGCCUAUCUACAAUUUUUUAUAGAAGACUAGUGUAUUGCGUUAUUUUUUCACAAAAACGGUAUGGCCAGAGGUAAGGUAAAGUACCGAGACGUGGUUGGAGGCCGGUCAAAAAAAUCGAAAAAGUUUGAUAAAAAGAAAACCAAACCGAGAAAGACUUACAGCUUGUAUCGUCAAGACACUAAAAAGCCCACUAAGAAGCGUAAGUUUGAGGCUAGUGAAGAAAAUUACGAGAAACGGCAAAAAGUUGAAAAAGAAGCUCAGCCCGAGCAAGAGUCUUCAGAAAGUGAGGAGGAAAUUGAUCCGAUGAAGGAGUUAAUGUCUACUUUUGGUUCAAAACUGCAACAUAAACAAUCACUUGCGAUAUCAAGUAGCGACGAAAGUUCAGACGAAGAAGAUGAAAACUCUCCUGAGGACAUUCUUGAGGAAAAUGAAGACACGGACGAGGAAACAUUAACAAAAAAUGAAGACACCCCAGAUUCGGAAGAAGAUGAGGAUGAGGUGGCAGUUGAUAGCGCGCAAAAUGAGGAUAGUGAUAACUUGAAUGAUCCCUUUGUAAAACAUGUUUGUUAUGAACUGCAUGAAAGUGUUUUAAAGUCAUUACAAUCCUCUCCAGUAUUGGUCAACGAUUCUGUUUUAAACUGGCCAAGUUUAGGGCGCCUGUUAGUUCAAAUACCACAAUUUGAAGAAUUAAAGGAAGAGAAAAAUUCGUUUACAAUAGAAGAAAAGAAAAAAUUUGCACCACCGGGUUCAGUACCUAAAAAAAUGAACACCUCAGACCUCAAAAAACCGGAUAAUUUGUUCAUUAAAUCACAAAUUAUAGAUAAUUUAUCUAAGGCCAAUGAUUCACUAAAAGAGGAUGAUACAGUAUUUACUGAUUUUCAGUCUGAAUUGUUUUCGAUAAUUAACAAUUAUCAAGAUUUGUAUUUUACCCAAAGAAACUUUAAUAAUGCUGAGGAAAUCAGAUUUGUUUAUUGCCUUCAUGCCGUAAAUCACAUUUUAAAAACACGGUUAAAAGUUGUUCACCACAAUGUACGUUUAUCAAAAAAGGACGACGUUCCUGAGGAUUUUAGAGACCAGGGAUUAGUUAGGCCCAAGAUUCUUAUGGUUGUUCCCUUCAAAGACUCGGCUUUUAAAAUCAUCCAAAUGAUAAUAAACAUACUCCUGCCUGAAGAUAAAGGUCACGUAAUGAACAAAAAAAGAUUUCUGGAGGAGUACACAGGCAAUGAAAUUCCGAUGCCCAAAAAGAACCCCAAACCCGAAGACUACGAACUGACUUUCACCGGAAACACAAGCGACGAUUUUAAGAUUGGCAUUACUGUUACAAAAAAGAGCCUGAAGCUGUUCGCUGACUUUUACUCCUCCGAUAUUAUCAUAGCUUCGCCUUUGGGGCUCCGGACAAUAAUCGGCGCUGAAGGCGAACCCCAACGUGACUACGAUUUUCUCGCCUCCAUAGAACUUCUAAUUCUGGACCAAACCGAAUUAUUUUCGAUGCAAAACUGGGACCACUUUAUUCACGUUAUAAAUCAUCUCCACUUGCAGCCGAAAGACUCACAUGGGACUGAUUUUUCGCGAGUUCGGACCUGGAGUUUGAACGGAUGGGCGCAAUAUUACCGACAGACUUUGAUAUUUUCGUCGAUUGUUUUGCCCGAGAUUAACUCAAUUUUUAAUAAGAAAUGUAACAAUUUCGCUGGGAAAGUCAAAAUCUCGAAUCCAGUCGAGUUGGGGUCGAUUGGACAAGUCGUUGUUCAGAUACCGCACGUAUUUCAUAAAUUUGAGGCCCCGAAUGCACAGGCCGCAAUUGAGGCCCGGUUUGAGUUUUUUAUCAAUAAACUCUUACCUCUGCAGAGGGACAGUUUGAUGAAACAGACGAUGAUUUAUGUGCCGAGUUAUUUCGAUUUUGUGCGUUUGAGGAAUUAUUUUAAGAAGGAGGAGCUCAGUUUUGGGCAAAUUUGCGAAUAUUCCAAGGACGGUAAAGUAGCACGAGCCCGAGACAUGUUUUAUCACGGAGACACUCAUUUUUUAUUGUAUACUGAGCGAUUUCAUUUUUUUAAUCGCGUCAGAGUUAAAGGUAUACGCCAUUUAGUUUUUUAUCAACCGCCAACUUUUCCGCAUUUUUAUUAUGAAAUGUGUAAUCUAAUGCAGGAAGCCAACAUGAAUAAAAAAAUCGGAAGUUUAUCAAAUAUGACGGUAAAUGUAAUUUAUUCGAAAUAUGAUGUUCACCGGUUAGCGGCAAUUGUUGGGACAGAAAGGGCCACAAAAAUGUUACAGUCGGAGAGAAAUGUCCACAUGAUGGUCACCGGUGCUGAUUAAAAGACAGAAAUUAAAGAUCUAAAUGUGAUUGUAUUUUUUAUGUUAAUAAAAAAUUAACAAAA